AACGCCCUCCUGUGUCAUGUGACAAGCUCUUCUUUUAAUCUUUACUGGCCGUCUACAGUGCCGAGAAACUCUAAUAUUUGAGCCUAACUCUGCAGCGCCUGCGUAGGCGUCAUCACCUGUAUAUUCUUCACCGGAGUCGGAACUGAACUGGGGCCUCCGCGACGGGCAUGGGCACUAAGUUACAGUUGCAGAUAUGUUGUUUCGGCUCCUUGACAUGUUCUUCAUUUUCAUCUUUGAACCUUCAGAAGGGUCCAAUUCAGAAGUCUCUAUAAUCACAGCCUCUCCUGGUCAGGAUGUUUGGCUCGGUUGCUUCUUCAAGCCACAGACAGAACCUGUGGACGGCUACUUAGCUGUGAGGUGGCUUCGCGACUUUUCAGUGGUUCACUACACUAUCGAUGGAGAAGAUCUGUCUGAUUUAACUUCACACCAGUUCAGAGGAAGAACCCACAUUUUUCCAUCCCAGUUGUCUAUGGGCAAUGCGUCCCUCCUGCUUCAGGAUGUUACACUUGAUGACACGGGAAAUUACACAUGCAACGUGAUUGGCAACACGCUGAGGUCCACGCAGAGCAUUCAACUGGAUGUCCAAGACUCCUUCCUACCCAGGAUUGUUGGGAACCCUUGUGUCUUCUUCGCAAUCUUGUGUGUAUGCCUCUUUGUUUUAAAGCACCUUAGAAAAAGGCAUAUCAAUGGUGGGUCAGGGCCAGGCGUGCUGCAGAGGCAAUGUCUUCUUCAGAGGAUCUGUGAUGGCGAAAUCCUAAAACUUUUUUGUAAGCAAAGGCCAGCUUCUGAUUCAAAUCACCCCAAGAAAAAGAAGAAACAAAAGACCCUUUAGUGCAAAAUCAUGAGGUCCUUCAGUAAAUAAAUAAAAAAAAAAUAUCACAUACAAUUGUCACUUAAAACAGAAAGACAAUACUAUGACUGUGUACAUGACUAAAAAUAAAAAUGAAACAUGA